CUUUAAGACUUGUUUAGAUUCAACGAAAAAGAUCUUCUCUUAAAUUAAAGUUGUGGUUAAUUUUACAAAAAAGAUAUAUAACCAUGUCGUUUAAAUUAAUACUAGAGAAAAAUGCUGUUUUGUAUUUUUUUAUUUACCCGCAUAUUAAUGCUCUUCAAUUCGUAUGACUCGAUUCAUGCGUUGUAAAUAAUCAAGCAUUUGAACAUUUUAAAAAUUAACGAGUGAUGAGCGAUUUUUUAUUUCAAAAUUUUCUUAUUGUCGGUUAUUUUGGUAACUGUAUGUUUAUAUAUCGCAGCACAACUCAAAUUUGAAACGCUUUGCUGACUCUUGCAGUAUUUGAUCAUGCCAUUGUGAAAGUUCUGUUUUCCGCUUACGGAAUAGGUAAUUUGUAAAUGUGUUCAUUAACGAAUAGAAAUGAGUGACAACAUAAAAGUUGUUGUCAAAGUUAGGCCGCUGAUUUCUCGCGAAAUAGAGGACAAGCUUUCGUUCCAAUGGAAAGUAAAAAACAAUACACUGUAUCAGCUGGACUCCAGCGGAAAAGAAUCUGGAGUACAAUACACUUUCGAUAAAGUAUAUGAUGUGACGACCAAGACCGCAGAUGUCUACAAAGAUGUUGCCAAGCCAAUUGUGGAGGCAGCUAUUGCUGGCUUCAAUGGGACUAUAUUUGCCUAUGGGCAGACAUCCUCGGGAAAAACCUACACUAUGUCUGGAACGGAGACUUCUCCAGGCAUCAUUCAGUUGGCUGUGCUGAAUUUAUUUGAACAAAUCAAAUGCAUUCCGGAUAGAGAUUUCCUGGUUAGAGUUUCAUUCAUAGAAAUUUAUAAUGAAACGCUAAAGGACCUAUUAAAUUGUGAGAAUGACAAGGUUAAGAUCCGAGACACCCUGCAGGGUGUCAAGCUGGAUGCCACAGAGAAGUUCACAUCUUCUCCAGAAGAAGUCCUAGAUAUUAUGAAAGAGGGUGAGGCAAACCGGCAAACUGGUGCCACAAAUAUGAAUGAAGAAAGUAGCAGGUCUCAUUCUAUAUUCCAGAUUACAAUAGAAUCUCGAGAGCACACAGAAGACGAGGAGACAGGGGGCUGCGUGAACGUGUCGCAGCUGAACCUCGUGGACCUGGCGGGCUCCGAGCGCGCCGGCCAGACCGGCGCCACCGGCAAGCGCUUCAAGGAGGGCACGCACAUCAACAAAUCGCUGUCUGUGCUGGCACUGGUCAUCAAGCAGCUGUCUGAGGGUUCGAAUAAGCACAUAAACUACCGAGACAGCAAGCUUACGCGUAUCCUGCAAAACUCGCUCGGUGGAAACGCAAAGACCAGUAUCAUAUGUGCCGUUACUCCCGCCGCCGUUGAAGAAACGAUCUCCACCUUACAGUUCGCCAACAGAGCUAAAGCAAUCAAGAAUAAGCCGGAAGUGAACGCGGUGGCUACGGAUGCUACAAAAUUACAGGAUUUGACCAAGCAACUAUCCAAGUUGCAGUCGGAAUUGGCUAUCAAAAAUAAUAUUGAAGAAGACAAUCGAAUCCUUAUGAGCAAGAUAAAGAGCCUCCGGAAGAUGAUUCUAAACGGUUUCGGCGCGUGCAGUGUCGGCGAGGGCGGCGCGCGCAGGAAGACGUGGUGCGCGCCGCGCCGCAUGACCAUCGCCGCCGCCGAGCUGCGCCCGCACGAUGAAACCGCCGUGCAAAGGUUCUGCACGCCCAGCCUCAAGUACAAUCCUUCAGCCUUUCCUAAUCCACGAGAGUUCCAACCGAUCCAGCGGCCGAGCCAGCUGCCGUCCGUGUCGGAGGAAAGGGCUAUGGUGACGCCGCCGCCCAAAGACAAGAAGGUUAACUUUAGCGACGAGAUUAUCGACCUCGAUAGCGAUGAAGACACCGCAUCUAACACUUCACAUUGUUCGCCAUACCACAAAUGCUACAAUGCAUCGAAAACACCUCCUUGUGUGUUAAGGAAGAAAGCACAAACUGCAGAAAAGGAUCUUAAGGAUAUCGUAGAAUUAACGAAACGAGAAAAACUUUAUAAUCCAGAAGUGGUGGAAUAUAUGGAGAAAUUAGAACAAAGCACAAACAAAAUAUCCAAGUUGGAAGAUGAAAUUAAGACACUCAAUGCCAUAAACAUAGAAAAAGACUCAGAAAUGGAAAUAUUGAAGGACAAGAUAACGCAGACUAAAAAAGAAGUUCAGACAUUUACAUUUGCCAAGGUGGAAUUAGAAACACGAUGUAAAGAGUACAAUACCAAAUUGACUGAUUUAGAAGUAAGUUAUGAAACUCUCAAAACAAAAGCCAAAUUAAGAGAAGAUGAGCUGUUAUCCCUAAUAAAUGAACAAAAUGACAGCAGAAAAAUUAAAGAAAGCAUUUCAGGUAAAUCACUGUCUAGAACAUUUGAAAAAGAUUUCGGUAAUUUUAUGGAUAUGUCUAAAGACAUAUCUUUGGUAAGUGACAAUGACAGCAGUAUAGAUUCAUCUAAUAACGAGCCUUCAGGUAAACUGCAGCGGAUGGUAGAUGAAAUGCGAACCGAUGUCAACGCCAAAAAUGAAGUUAUUGCUAAUUUAGAAACUGAUAUUUUACAACAAAAACUAAAAAUGGAAUCACUUGAGAGUAUCUGCACAGAAUUACGUGACCAAAUUAAUAAAGCAAAUAGCCUUUUAAAAUAUACUGAAGAGGAGAAUAUUUUGCUAAAAUCAUCUAUAGAUACUUUAAAUUCCACUAUAAACUGCCAAAAACAAAACUUAGAAUCUGCUAAUAUUGACAUCCAAUCGUAUAAAACAGUUAUCAAGGAAUUACAAACUAAACUCGCGGACAAAAAAAUUGACUUGGUGGAUUUCUAUACUAAUGAUAUUUCUCUAGAAAAAAUGAUUGAUAACGAAGAAAAAAUUAUAGCUAAUAAUGAGAACAUGAGAAAUAUUAUUCAUUCCUUUAAAAAUGUGCUUGAGGCACGCAACAAAGAGAUUGAACAAUUAAAGUCGAAUCAUACUUCUGAAACAUGUUCUUCUGAUAUUGAGCUGUUGACAAAACUACUCGAAGAAAAAGAAAAUGAGGUCAUGAGGCUCGGUGAUGAAGCAAAUACGUCGAAAGAGCAAAUACAGGAAAACAUAAAUGUAAUAAACAAACUCAUGGAAGACAACAAGGAAUUGGUAAAAAAUACUAAUGAACUCUCUGAUAAGUUAUUGAAUGCUGAAAAACAGACUUGUGAACUAGAAAAACGUGUUAAGGAUUUAGAGAAAGAAAAUAAAGAAUAUACCCAUCAGUUACGCGAUCUCAAUGAGAAUCAGGACAAAUUCCUGAAUGCAUUUUCUGAUAAUGAAUUAUUGAAAAAACGACUUGCAGAAAAAGAGGAAGAGAUUAGAAGACUCACUGAGGAGGCAACCAAGUCAAAAGAGCAAAUACAGGAAAACAUAUAUAUUCUAAAUAAAUUACUGCCUGCUUCGUCUGAUACAGAUUUACGGAAGAAACGACUUGAAGAAAAAGUAGAAGAGAUUGUCAGACUCGUUGAGGCGUCACAUAACACUAAAAUGCAAAUCCAGGAAAAUAUGAAUGUAAUAAAGAAAUUGAUGGAAGAUAACACGAACUUAGUCAAGGAUGCAGAUGACCUAACUAAUAAAUUAUUGAAUGCUGAAAAACAAAGCUGUGAGUUAGAAAAACGUGUUAUAGAAUUAGAGAAACAAAAUCAAAAAUAUACCCAUCAGUUGCAGGAGUUUAACGAAAAUCAUGAUAAAUUGUUGACAAACUUGAAUGAAUUUAAGAACAACAUAAGUGUAUUAGAAAAAGAAAAAGAGACAUAUCAAGAACUACAGCAUAAAGUUCAAAGUAAAGACAAUCUUAUAGAUGAAUUAAAAAGCGAAAUAUGUACAAAAGAGAGUCUUAUACAUUCUCUUAGUAGUGAGCAAGUAGAAUAUAAGGAUUAUCUAUGCAAAUGGAAAUCCUCUGUAAAGAAAGUACAGCUACUAUUGUUGUCACAUAUAGCAGACACGAAUGAACAGGAAUAUUUACCUGACAACGAGUUUACUUUCGACGAGCUUUGCAGCCAGUUAAACUCAGUCGCAAAUGCCGCCAACAAUAUCAUAUAUCAAAAAGAAACUAUGGUGAAGCAUUACAACAAACUACAGGUAGAAAUUGAAGAGCUUCGAUCACGGGUGAAAUGUUUAAUUUGUGAUAAUAACAACCUUGAACAUGAAAGAGAACAACAAAAUGGUUUGGUUUCUAAACUAACUACAGAACUUGAAGACAUUAAAAAGGAAUUACAUGAAAUUAACGAACAAAAUUGUGAUCUUAAUGAAAAACUGCAGCUAGCCAGUGAAAGUUAUGAAAUUUUAAAACGUGGUAUUAUUGAUAAAGAAGAGUUAAUAACUUCAAUCAAAACCGAAGAAAAUAAUUUGCGUUUACAGUUAAAAAAUGUCUUACAAGAAGUGGUAUCCAGAAAUGAAGUCGAAAGUGUUCAGUGUACAGUUCAAAAUAGUCAAACUGAAUUCGAUGAAAUUUUACAGACUAAGAGAGACGAAAUUACAAACUUAAAACGAGACUUCGCAGAGAAAGAGAAGUUGUUAGAUGAAAAGUGUUUACAAUUGCAGCAGCUUUCCAAAAAACUUGAAGAAACAAUUUGUAAUCGAGAUUAUCUUUUAGAUAACAUACAUAAGGCCGCUGCUAGUUUGUUAAGAAAGAUAGAUAGCCAAAGUGACGAAUAUCAAUUUGAAAAUAUUACUCAUAGCGAUGUUUACAGUAAAAUAAUUAAUAUUUUGGAGAGGGCUACGAAUGACGUCGUGAUAUCUAAAUCUAACAACGCAACCAAUAAUACUGAAGAAAUCAAGGAAACCAUUGAAUUACUUGGAGUAAUGAAAGGAGAAAAUCAACAGCUGAUAAGGAAAUUAUCCUAUACAGAAAAUGAAAAUAGAUGGUUAAUGGCUGAAUUAGAAAGAAUGAAAAUAGAUAACAAUAAAACAAGUGUUGACUUACUGAAAAGUGAUGAAAUACUAAAACAACUUCAAAUAGAGUUACGAGAAAAACUGUUUAUAAUAGAAAAUUUGGAAUUAAAAAUUGAAGAAUGGAAGAAUAAUUUCUCUGUAUUAGAGGAUGCAAUGAAGCAACAACUAUUGGAAUUACAGCUCAGCAAUAGUGAACUUGAGCCACAAUCACAAAACUUGGUCAAAAGAUCUCUAUCAAUAAAAAGUAAUGAGUCAUUUGCUGUUGGCCCAGACUUUAAUGACCUAGAAACUGAUCAGAAAGAGACAAUUCGUCGAUCUCUAAGUAAUUUAUUAGUUGAGCCAGGGAAUUACUCACCACAAAGCCUGUUGACUUUAUGCUGUAACAAAAUCAUAGAUGCUAUCCAGCCAAGCGAAGCUGAGUUGCAUUCAGUUUCAAGGUCUACCACUAAUUUUAGAACUGCAAGUGCUGAAACACAAACUAACGUCUGCGACUGUGACAAAUUGUUAACGGAAAAAGGCAUAGCCUUAGAUGAAAACUUGGAACUGAAGGCAAAAAUAGAUUAUCUUGAGGGUGUUAAUGUUAACUUGUUAAAAGAACAAGAAGAAAUUCGUAAAGAACUUAAAUUAUUAAUGGGGCCUGCACAAGAAUUGCAAAAGAAAAUUUCUGGUCACAAAACAAAUUUAUCAACCUUAACUGCUACAACAUAUGCUGAAAACAAACUGCUCAAGUCUCAGGUCAAAGUUUUGCAGCAUCACAACAAUCGAAUCUAUAAUGUUUGCCAGAGAGACUUGCCCGGCUUCAAAAAAUCAUUGCAGGAACUAAGCUCAAUAUUGAAAAAUACUGCUUUGGUAAAUAGGCUGGAAGCUAAUAUAAAAAGAUUCUCUCUACCUGAAGUUUUAGAUAGUAAUAACUCUGCUUUCAAAGAUGAAUCUACUUUAGACGGAGAUCUUUUGAUGCUUGACACUAAUAUGACAUUAGCAUCCUUUGACAAUACUUUACUGCCCCAUGAACAAACCUGUUUAGACGGCACACAAGUAUAUUUAGAAACCGAUAUUAAUACCGACCUAAUUGAAACUAUAGACCCUAAUAUAUUACACACGCAAAUACAAAUGCUUUCUAUUCAAAAUGAACAAAUGACAGAAACGUUAACCGCAUUAAAAGCAGAAAAUUUGUCACUGCAAGAAAAAGUCGAACAACUUUCAAAUAAUGUGAAACCUGAUAUUCAUAAAAUGAAUGCUCAAAAUUGUCCAAUUAAACUUCAUAGUGCUUUACAUGAUGUUACACAAGAAAUAAUUAUCAAUAACCAUUCAAACAGUAACUUGUGUGAGUACUGUAAGAAUGGCAACAUUAAGCCGAGCUACGAAAAAAUGACUGAAGAUAUAGAGAAAUUAACACAAGAAUUGCUUGAAGUUAAGCUACAAAAAUCAGCCUUAGAAAAAAGAUAUAACGGCCUUAAUGAAGGCAUUUUAGCCAAUGAUCAAUUAGCUUUAAAAAUGAGUACAUUGGAAAAGGAUAAUAAUAAACAAUUAAUCUUGAUAGAUCAGUUGACAAAUAAACUUUCCUCUAAAAAUGAAGAAUAUGUUAAGCUGCAAGAGGAAAAUGAUCUUCUUUCAACACAAGUAAUGGAGGCUAUUGACGAAUCUGACCUUCUAAGAAAAGAAGUUGAGACUCUAAAAGAGAACAAUACGGCGCUAAGUGUUAAAUGUGCCGACCUAGAAGAAGUGAUCAAAGGGAACACAGCGACGUGUACUCGAUGUGUUCAAAAUACCAGCGCUCCUGGUAGUCCAUCUGCACCUAAAUCGGUGCUAAAUAGGAAUCGCAAUGAUUCUGAGAGUUCUUCGCGCUGCAAUAAGUUGUCUACGCUUCAAAAUGAACUAAUGGCGGGCAGAGAAGAUUGUAGAACUAUUUCUGAAGACGUAGCUAGCAUUAAAAGCCACCUCGAACGUGGGGAAUUAUCCAUGACUCAUGAUAUGGAUCUUGACGAGAGUAUGGGAGAAUCUAGCGUCUUCUCAUUUUCCAAAGAAUUACACGUAGUCAGUCCAAAGCCAAAUAAAUUCAAAUUAGCGUCUGAAAUACCUGAAGAACGGUCUAUUGACUUUUAUGCUCUGGAUAAAGCAGAUUGCUUUAAUUAUUACAUAGAGAAAACCGGCACCGUAAACCACUUAAGUGAGGAAAUUAAAAUCAUUGAUAUAAUGAAAAUGUUUUAUGAUAAACUUGUUGCAAGACAUGGGAACGAAGUGGAAAACCUAGUCAACAAAUUAAAAUAUUUUGAAGAACUUAGAAAUCAAUUAAAUGAAAAAAAUAAUCAAGUGGUCUUUGAUUAUUCUAAAAUUAACGAGGAAAUAAAAGAAAAAGACAAUCGUCUCGUUAGCAUAGCUCAUACGUUACAACACAUAAGGAAUAAUAUACAUUCUAUGAAUGAAGAAAUAUCUGGUUGUGAUGCAGACAAAAAUACAGUAUUAGUUACACAGUUCAAAAACAAUAUAUUGAGUAUUAUGGAUAAAGAAUUCGACAUAUCCAGUGUAAGCGUAUUUGAAAACCUUAUAGACAAAGUAGUAAACAAACAUAAAAAUGACUUGUUAGAAAUAAUGAAUCGGUACUCGGAGUUACAGGAACACAUGGAGCUUCUAACCACAGAAUUUAGUAGUGUUACUGAUAACCUUCAUCAAAUGAAAUGCCAGCUAAGUGAAAAGGAAAACGCGUACAAUCUGCUCAAAGCUCAGAAGGAAAAAGUGCACGAAAUAACUAGUGCAGUUACUCUGGAUAUAGUUCAAAGAGAAAAUGACAUAGCUAAAUUAAUUAGCAAUUGCUGCCAGAAACUAAUUGAGCAUAACAUUUUGACACAGAAUGACAUUGACGAAAAUUGGGCAAUAGAUAAAAAAAUUAUAAUUGUGAUUGAAAAGCUUAUAGAUCAAUCGAAUCAAAGAGAUAUAGCUUUGCAAGAAAAACACAACCUUGCCCUAGAAGUUACAAAAUCUAAAACUAUAUUAAAUGAAAACGACCAAGAAAUAGAGUCUUUAAAGUCGCAAGUUGAACAAUUGCGUGAGCUCUGCAAAAAUGCUACAAAUGAGUUACUGAUUAAAAACGCAGACCUAGGAACUCUGAAAUCAUUACACGAGCAACUUGAUGCAGUUUACAAAAGAAAAGUGGAGGAAAAUGACACCAAUGCAAAAACUGUAGAAAUCUUAACGCAAGAAUUAAAUAUCUUCAAGACUACUGUGAAUGAAAAAGAUAGUUUACUACAGAAUUUGCAGCUCCAGAAUACCGAACACAAUAGUAAAGAUUCUGAAACUAAAGCUAAAAUUGCAGAGCUUAUGGAAUCUAUAAACAACUUGCAACAUGAAAACAAGAACCUAAAAUCCGUUAAUUACGUAAUCACUAAUGAAAGCGAACAGACCGCUUUACAACUAGCUAAAGCCGAUGACACUAUAAAAAAGAAUAGAACCGAACUAGAUAAAUUAACGGCCGAAAUACUAACUCUGAAUCAGUCUAUGAAAGAAAGCAUGAAUGUAAUCGAGGGUUUGAAAAUGGAAGCAAAGUCGUUGUUAGAACAAAAUGCCGUGUUGAAAAAACAGUUUGAGGAGGCCACUGAACUCUGUUCUCAAUUGAAAUUGAAUAUGAAGACCCAUGAAAAGACGGCUGAGAUACAGUGCAAGAUAAUAAGCAGACUCAAAGAAGAAAAGGAAACAAGCAGUUCUUCCACUAAUGCAAAAGACAAAGAGUUAAAGGAGUUGUCCCAGCAAUGUGAAACUCUGCGAAAAGAACUUGAAUCGCUCACUGAAGACAAGAACAAGUGCCAGCAAGAAGCUCAAGAUUUGAGAGAGGCGAAGGAGUCUUUAGAGCGACGCGUCAUCGAGUUGGAGAGCUCCGUGGAGUCGGCGCGGGCGCGCGGCUCGCCGGGCGGCACGGGCGACGCGCGCCGCCGCCGCCAGAGCUUGCUCGACUCCAAGCGGCUCUUCGGACCUGACCAACCACCAGACCACAAGAAAAUGGAAGCCUAUUUCAGUACGCAGGAGAAGCCCGACGACAUGUUUAUGGAUGUAGAUGACCAUUCCAACCGCAGCACUCCUGCCAGAAAUAGAAGAUCUGACAGCUUUCAAUCUCGACUUGACGAGAGCGAGGAGUUACCGCGGCCGUCCAGCGCGCAGGAGCGGCGCCGGCGCCGCCAGAGCCUGCACGACAUGCACCGCACCACGCACAUUGAUAUACAAGAACCCAUGAAAACGCUGAACGAACUCAAGACUAACGGCGGAGAUCAUGACAGUGAAGUGGUGUCACUGAAAGAGCGUCUCCAACUCUGCCUGCAAGAAUUGGAAGAGCUAAGAGAGAGGUAUCGGGAAGUGGAUGAAGAGUGCGAGAUCUGUGCUGAGUACCUGCGAGAAAGGGACGAACAGUGCAUUCAGCUAAGGGCCGAGAAUAAAAACUUACAGCAACAAAUCGCCAAGAUCAAUGACAAGCUACAAAACGCGAGUAUCGUCCGCGGUCAAAAGGACGCUCAACGCAGUUUCGCGAACGCUUCAGUCAACACGGAUGAAGAUUGGGCAAACCUGCACUCGGUGGUAGUGGACCGAAUGUCGUUCGAUCGCGAAGUUGAAAAGAACAAAUCGCUACAGCGAUCCGUGGACGAGCUGCGCUUCAAGAACGGCGAGCUGAAGGCGGCCGUCGCCAAGGCGCACAAGGCCGUCGAGCGCGCCGCCGCCAACAGGGCCGACUCACAGGCGCUGGAAGCAACCAAGCUAGAGUUGGAGACAUGCAAACGUGAGCUGGAAGAGUACAAGGAACGGUGCAGGGAGCUAGACGAGGAGUGCGAGACGUGCGGCGAGUACCUGCGCGAGCGAGACGACCAGCUGUGUCGGCUGAAGGAGGAGAAGGUCGCUCUCGAGGCUAAGCUCUCGGCCCUCGUGGAGAAAGAAGCCGACAGCAAGGUGCAGUCGGUGCGCAAGAAGCGGCAGAGCGCGCACGACCACAACCGGCACUCCGCCGCGUGCGGCGCCGCCGCCGCCGCCGGGAAGGCCACGCCUCAUGUCAGCCAAGAUCUGCACCCGGAAAACGACAGCUCGAAGCUAAUCAACGCAUCUUUGCAAAACAGUGAAAUCGAACAACUCAAAAUGGCGCUGGAAGCGGUGGCGAGGCAGAAGCGCGCACUGGAGCUGCAGCUGCGCGCCGCGCCGCCCGCGCUGGCGGCCACCGGCAGCGCCGUCGUGCAGAACCAACACUUAACUGAAGUAAUGAAAGAAAACCAGAAACUGAAAAGGAUGAACGCUAAAUUAAUAACCAUCUGUAAGAAGAGAGGCAAGCCCCUCGGCGAGUCCAACCGUGAGAACGACGACCCCGCGGAGCUGGCGUAGGCGGUGAGUCGCGACCGGCAUUAUGGUGCUUAGUAUUAUAGUUAUUUUAACAAAAUAAAAGUUACUAUUUUACCGAUGUCUGCGUCAAAGACGCCUAUUCUCUUAAUAUGUACGACGGGAUUUGAGGCUCCUGGCUCAAACUAAAAGUUGCGAAUUUGUUAAUUGUGUAUGUAUUUGUGUAGCAAGUAAAUAAACAAAGAGAUGAAGCUUCAGUAAAAUAUAUAUGUAUUCAGUACGUUAAUUAUGUCGCGCAACAUUUCGUGUUACUGGCCUCGUCGUAUUUAUUUAACAUUUUAGUCACAAACUCAGUUGUGGCCCUUUGCCGCGUCUGUUACAUUGCUAGGAAUUAUGUGUUUAGGAUAAUUUUGAUAUGUCCUUAUUUUACAUUUUAGUCCAUAAUUGAAACUAAUUAAAUUAACCAAAUUUUUAAUUGAUCAAUGCAUGACAAAAUUAUUACAAUAUUUCAAUAUUAAUAAUGUAUCAUUUAAUUACUUGGGAAGCUUAAACAAUAGGAGGCUAUCCCUUCUUGCAACGAUCAUGAACAUAAAUUAACUCUUCGAAAUUGAAGACUGAAUGUUAAUUCACAUUCCAAAAGCAUUUUUGCUAUGCACGGACCGAUCUGCUAGUAUAAAAUAUUGUGAUUGCUUUGACUGAAAUGUCUAGAACGAGUCAGUGCCAUUGUAGGUAUUAUGUAGUAUUUAUUACGUUGACCUGUAUUUAAAUGGUACAAUAAUUAGUAAUAUAUUAGCGUACUUAAUUUGAUGUGUCUAUAGAAAUUCAGACUGUGUUAAUGUAAAUUAUAAUGCUCUGGAAGCAACGCACACGUUUCACUGAAUGAGUAUAAUAGUAAAAUAAUGAUAUUCUUGAGCCGUGGGUUUUAACUAAUUGUUAGUCGUUGUCGCCACAAUUUUUUCGCCUUUUUCCCGAAUUCGUAGGUAUGUUUCAUCUACAAUCGUAUGUAACUGUUAUUGAUACUCACGUUCUUUCGCGCAAACUCUGUAUUAAUUGUAAACAAAACUACUCCUGCCCUCAUAUUAUUUGCAAGAGGUAGAUAAGAGCGUCCAGGAGCGUAUUCUAACGUAAGCCUUUUUUUAAACGGCAGCCUUCUGUCCCAGAACCAUGGUUCCUUUUGACUCUAGAAUCCCACAAACCAUAACUUUUGUAUUCUGAUAUCUGUUGUGGCGACUGCGAUAUGAAUCCAGCACAAACAUGCUAUUUAGGAUAGGUAUCCUAAAUAGCAUGGUGUUAAUUAUGAAGGAUGCCGACUUUAGGGCAGGCGCCCUAAAGUCGGCAUCCCUCAUAAUUUAUUAUUUCAUAGUAUCUGUGAUUGCCGAUAUUUGGGGUAAUGGCACUAAUGGCUGACAUGAGCAUGUUUUUGUAAUUAUGUAGACAAGAAAUGCCGCAAGAAACUCAUAAUUUACGUAGAUAAUGGCAACGAAUAUUUUAUGAUUAAUCCUAUUUGACGCACAAUAAUAACAUUAAUAACUUGCAUUUGAAUUAUUCCUUAAAUGUAGUAUUUUCAUUGUGUUAAUAAAUAUUUUAAUAUCAUAA